AGUUUAAACAUGUGGCUUGACAGGGGACACCGUUCUUGUGGAUCCUAUUGAAGCACCACAUUUUCUUAGGUGAAUUGGCUUGAUCGUAGGACAGCAGCUAGCCUCAUUACAAUAUACAAUUCUAAUCGGUGGGACAAUUUGAUUUCCCAUACAACACAUCUUUGAACCCACCGAAUCUUCACGACCAUAUAGGUCCAAUACAUACAAGAUGGUUGUCCUAGCUGCUUCCAUCUGUACUCGAGGCGGCAAAGCUGUCCUCUCGAGGCAGUUUCGUGAGAUGCCCAGAUCGCGAAUCGAAGCCCUCCUAGCGUCCUUCCCAAAGCUUGCCGAUUCCGGUACUCAACACACCACCGUCGAGCAAGACAAUGUUCGCUUCGUCUAUCAACCCCUUGACGAACUCUACAUGGUCCUCAUUACCAACCGCCAAUCCAACAUCCUGCAAGACAUUGACUCCCUCCACCUCUUCGCACAAGUGGUUACUAGCACAUGUAGAAGCUUGGACGAACGUGAAAUAGUAAAGAAUGCCUACGAAUUACUCAGCGCCUUCGAUGAACUGGUUUCACUUGGCUACCGGGAAAACCUCACAAUUAGCCAGAUCAAAACUUUCUUAGAAAUGGAAAGCCAUGAGGAACGCAUCCAAGAAAUCAUUGCACGAAACAAGGAACUAGAGGCAACCGAGGAGCGCAAACGAAAGGCCAAGCAACUCGAAUUACAACGAAAGGAGUCCGCGAGAAGUGGCCGUCCUGGUGCGCCACGAACACCCGUCUAUCCGACUUACACACCACCUACUCGACCGACACCUGCGGAUACGUACGAUACUUACGAAGCCGAGAAGAACAAGUCGCAUAAGACAACUGUGAUGAAGGGUAAGGGAAUGCAGCUAGGCAAGAAAUCGAAGACUACAGAUAUGUUCGAGCGUGUCCGAGGAGAUAUGGGAGCCGAAGUCGAAGAAACACCUCUCGUAUCCACCGCUCCCACCCCAGCUGCCGAACCUGCUGCUCCACGAAUUUCUUCCACUCUCGACCGCGAUGCGAUCCACAUCACUAUCAACGAAGCUAUUACCGCGAAAUUAUCUAGGGAAGGUUCGCUCAACUCUCUAGCCGUCAGCGGUGAUCUUAGCCUCAGAAUCUCGGAUCCCAGCUUGACAAAAGUUAAGCUUCACCUCGCAGCGAAUGCCUCCCACGGUGCCCAAUUCCGUACUCACCCCAACGUCGAUCGUGGCCUUUUCACAAGCUCCAAGACUAUCCAGAUGAGCAAUGUUGCUCGUGGUUUCCCUGUUAACAAUGCUGUUGGUGUCCUAAGAUGGCGAGCUACUCCGAAAACCGAUGACACGAGCGCCCUACCCAUUAGCUUCACUGUCUGGGUAAACAAGGGCUCGGAGGGUAACUUCACGAUAACUGUCGAGUAUGAACUUACCGGAGGCGACACGCUCAAAGAUGUUUCGGUAGUCAUCCCAUAUGCUACCAGCGAGCCGUCUGUAUCUAGCUUCGAUGCUACCUACGAAGUAACAGGAGAUAGUCUCGAAUGGACUAUCGGAACUGUCAGUGAUGAUAACGCGAAUGGCUCAUUUGAAUUUGAUGCCCAAGCAGAUGAUGAAAACGAAUUCUUCCCCAUGCAAGUACGAUUCUCAAAGACCACACCCUUUAUCGAUGUUGACGUCUCAUCGGUGGUUUUAGUAGAGGAAAAUGAAGAUGUGACUUUCUCCAAAGACAUUAAGUCGGUCGCUGAUUCUUACUUGGUCGAAUAAAAGGACUUCUACUUGAGAACCGGGAGUUUGUCUAUGUAGCAUGGCGUAAUAGCUGCUAAAAGGGGGUUGAGUGGAUGAUAUAUAGAAUUAUGAUCUCAAAUAGAGCAUUCUAAUGGAUUGUGAAUGAUGACAUCAAUUGUAUUUCCAAUGCAUAAAUAAUCUAUCUAAAUGUAUGAGUUGUCGAAAAA